AUGACGCCCUACGUGUUGCUCAGAUUUUCUCUCGCGCUGCAGCAGAACAGAAGCCCAUCCAACACCAUGUGGAACAACAGCUCUGCUUCACUGUUCGCUCCUGGAAACACGUUUGAGACAUUCGAUGGACAGGCCUCCUGCCUCCUAUGGCACCUACAGAACACGACAGUGUUUCAGGGCUAUGCAGCGGCACAAGAAACCUGCUCCAUGUACGAGAACACCGAGGAGUUGGGAACAGCGACCGCCGUCAUCUCUUGGCUCUUGGGGCUUCUCAUCGUCACCUGCAACAUCGCCGUUAUCUUGGGAAUCAUCCGGACACCACAACUCCACAAGCCGCUCUACAUCUACAUGGCAAACCUCGCGGUUUCCGACUUCGUAGGAGGCGUUGGACUUCUGUAUCGAACGGUAGACCCGAUAGAACUCAUGAGAAUGCGCAGUAUGAUGAAUAUUGUAACCUUUCUGAUGUAUAGCCAGGUGGUGUCUGCAUCCGCCCUAUCGCUGCUAUCUGUUAACUCUUACAUUGCUGUAAGGCACCAUGUAUUCUUCCACAACCAUGCAGGGUUGAAAGAGAGACGAGGGAGACGGUUUGGGGCGCAGUUAGGUGAAGGCAAUAACCAUGGACAGAACGGGCCACGUCAGCCUAACAAUAUCGCACAAAUUGAGGCAGAGAGAAGACACAAAAGAAGUGUGCAGAAGGCGAGAACAGUCCUGACUUACGUGGUGGUGGCAUUCGUAUUCUGGCUCUUACCUCUUGUGCUCAUCCCAAUCUGCCUUACACUCGAGGGCGGCUGUCCGGCUCUAGAUAGCCCGCAUGCAAGAGCAGCGCUGAUAACCGUCAACUCAGCAAUCAACCCGAUCGCAAGCAUCACCCGCACACCGGACUUACGGAGGGGGAUCUUGCAAACUGUGACGGACAUCGGCCGGGCACUUGUCAGCAGAAUACGCCGGGGAAACCCUGCGAAUCCACAGGGACAACAACCUGCACCAGGGGGUGCACCAAAUCUGCCAGAUGGAACCGCACGGGACACCGGACAGAACAUACCAACAGGACAGCUCAACGCAGGACACAGCAAGAGUCCUGCCAACAAGGAUAGGAUGAGGACAAAAGAAGCGUUCACCAAGGCAAGGAGUGACAGUCUUACUGUUAUAGACAUAGACCAGCAUUUAUAA